UGAACUAGCAGGAGAGACUGUCAUGCUAGCUUCUGGUACUGCCAUUGGAUAUGGUUCAACAUUGACUAUGACUGAUACAUCGAACAAGAUUAAGAAGGGGACAAAAGGAGAUGUUUCUGUACUGAAUCCUACUCUUAUAAUUUCAGUUCCUACAAUUUUGGAUCGUAUCAGAGAUGCAGUGUUUAAGAAAGUUGGUGAGAAGGGUGGCCUCACAAAAAAGCUGUUUGAUUUUGCAUAUAAGCGGAAUCUUGCAUCAAUUGAGGGGAAUUGA